AUGGGAACAAUUUUCAUCCUCCAAUUAAUCCCUCUUGCAAACUCACUAUCAUUCAAUUACCCCAACUUUAAGAAUGGUGAUGUAAAAUGGGAAGGGGAUGCUUCUAUUCUAAAAGGAGCUAUCCAACUCACAUCCAACACCAUUGACCAAAACAACAAUUUCAGUGUUGGGAGAGUCACAAGUUAUCAACAGAUGCUCCUCUGGGAUGUGAACUCUGGAAAGCUUGCCGAUUUCACUACUAAAUUUUCCUUUGUUAUUUUUUCAGAAAAGAAAAACUAUGGAGAUGGAAUGGCAUUCUUCCUUGCUGAUCCUAGACUCCCACUUCUAAAGAAUAUCAAAGAAGGAGGUGGUCUUGGGCUUAUGGAUGGCGAACAAGCAGUGAAUUCAACUCAACACCCAGCUAAAUACCCGUUUGUAGCAGUGGAGUUUGACACCUUCAACAACGUUUGGGACCCUCCAUAUUCUGGCUCUCAUGUAGGUCUGAAUUUCAACUCCAUGAAGUCUAACGUAUCUAAGCCAUGGUUGACAGAUAUUCAAAUUUGGAAAAUUUAUAAUUGCAGGAUUGCAUACAAUUCAAGCACUCUAACUUUGAGCGUUUCAUUGACCAUGCACAAUGAUAGUAAAACGGUUAAAGAACAUAUUUCAUGCAAGGUUGAUCUGAGAGAUUACUUACCAGGGAGGGUUAUUCUUGGUUUCUCCGCCGCAACAGGAAUAUUGUAUGAAGUGCAUACAUUGAGAUCAUGGUCAUUUAAUUCAAGUCUACAAAGCGAUGAGAUAAAACAAGAAGGAGAGAAACUAGGAUCGUGGGUAGGGCUUGGAAUCGGUGUAGGGUUCGUUCUGAGUUUGUUAGGGCUGGUUUGUACUUUAUUGUGGAAGAGGAGUAGAGGGAGAAAAGAUGAGUUAGUUUUUGAUCUCAAGAUGGGUGAUGAAUUCCCAAAGGGCACUGGACCUAAGAGCAUUUCCUAUAAUGAGCUAGCAUGUGCUACAAACAAAUUUGCCGAGUCAGAGAAGCUGGGGCAAGGUGGUUUUGGUGGGGUGUAUAAAGGUUAUUUGAAAGACAUGAAGUCCUAUGUUGCUAUCAAGAGGAUAUCAAGAGAGUCUAGACAGGGAAUGAAGGAAUAUGUGACAGAAGUGAAGGUAAUAAGUCAAUUGAGACAUAGGAAUUUAGUACAACUUAUUGGUUGGUGUCAUACGAAGAAUGACCUUGUCCUCGUGUAUGAGUACAUGCCAAAUGGAAGCUUAGAUUCACAUCUAUAUGGUGUGAAAAGCUUCUUAACAUGGAAAGUGAGGUAUAAUAUAGCUUUGGGCUUGGCUUCAGCAUUGCUUUACCUACAAGAAGAGUGGGAGCAGUGUGUGAUUCACAGGGAUAUAAAACCAAGCAACAUAAUGUUGGAUUCAAGUUUCAAUGCUAAGCUUGGUGAUUUUGGUUUGGCUAGGCUGGUGGACCAUGAGAAAGGGUCACAAACCACACGUAUAGCUGGGACUAGGGGCUAUAUUGCCCCUGAAUAUUUCAUUUCAGGAAAGGCUACCAAGGAAUCUGAUAUAUACAGUUUUGGGGUUGUGUUAUUGGAGAUAGCUAGUGGAAGAAAAUCUGUUGAAGUAGAAGCCGAGGAGGGCCAAAUAGCUGUAGUUGAGUGGGUUUGGAAGCUCUAUGGAUUGGGAAGGGUCCUUGAAGCUGCUGACCCAAAGUUAUGUGGAGAAUUUGAUGAGAAGCAAAUGGAACGUUUAAUGGUUGUUGGCCUUUGGUGUGUUCAUCCAGAUACCUCAUUCAGGCCUUCUAUAAGGCAAGUGAUUCAGGUCCUUAUAUUUGAUUCACUUUUGCCCAUUCUCCCAGAGACCAUGCCUGUGGCAACCUAUCUUCCUCCAACGAUAAAAGCACUUUUUGGUUCAGUUUCGUCUUUCUUUUGGGGUUCAAGUUAG